AUGAUCGGUACAACUACGGCGUUGAAAGUCCAGUACCAUUUUGCUCUCAGAUCUUCGUCCGAUUGUAUGAUCGGAGUCGGAUCGGAUAGAUGUGACCCGGCCUUUAGUCCAUUUCUGAUCAACCUCCUGAUGAACAAAAUCAUAGAAGAAAUAACAUCCCUGAACUCGGUAUACAGAAUGAACAACAGGACUAUUAGCAUGGUCUGCUAUGACGACGACGCUGCUAUUUUGGCAGAAAAUCAUCAGCAACUCAACAUGGACAUAUCCAUAGGUAAAACGAAAACCAUGACCAUCGCUAAGGAACCUAUGAGAUGCACGUUGGUAAUAGAUAAUACAUCCAUAGAGCAAGUCAUGCAGUUUAGAUCCCUAGGCAUAGAGAUGUCCAGCGCUCACGACACGGAUAGUAAGAUAAAAAUAUAUAAGACAUGCGCCAGGCCCAUAAUGACAUAUGGUAUAGAAGCGAGAAAGGAUACCAACAAGACCAAGAGGAUGCUGCGAGUCGCCGAAAUGUCAUUACUGAUGACAAUAGCAGGGAGAACAAGAAGAGAUCGUGUAAGAAACAUAGACAUUAGAGCACAGAGCGACGUACAUGAUGUGGUAAGAUGGGCAAGGCAGAGGAGAAGAGAAAGGUACAGCCACGUGAAGAGGAUGACCGACGAUAGACUACCACGCAUUGUACUAGAAGGAAAACCAGCAGGGACCCGUCCACCUGGAGAACCACCAAAGAGAUGGAAAGACAGCUGGCAGUCCACAUCUCAGGAAACAAUACCGAGACAAGCGCGGAAUCAAUACAUCAACUAG